AUGGGAUUCACCUUCAAAUUUUACAAACAUAAGCACCUGUUCCGGCUGAAGGAAAAAUGGAAGGACAUUGGGGCGCACGUUUUGUACUGCUCCAGUGAGGAAGCGGUGGAGCGAGAAGAGAAAAAAAAUCUAGGUGAAGAUGCCGUCCUUAGGAGUUCCCCCUGCAAGGGAGAUGGUGACAUAACCUAUCCCGAAAUUAUAAACACCAUUCAGUACUCAUCCAUUUGUAUGUCUAUCUUUAGCAAGCAGAACGAAGUAGAAGGUAUUGUUUCCCUGGACUAUGAAUUAUGUGCAGGUUGUUCUUUUGGAAAAAAAGCACAUAACGGGGUUAUAGUACCCCUGGGUGAUCUCUACCAUGCUGUAUCAUUACACAUAAAGGAGCAUUCUGUGCUGUCCAGUUUGUCCACAAAUAAUUCUCUAAUAAUCAAUUUAGUGAUCAGCAAAAAUGUGGACUACUUGGAUGAUUUAUGUUCCUACGUCUUCUACACAUUUGAAGACAUUGUUUUCAUCUUACUGUUUUUGCAAAAAAAAAAAAAAGAGAAAAAUGAGGAAUAUUUCUCCUGUGAGAAGAUGGGCAGGUGUAUACACAUCGAUGUGAAGCAUCAUUUGAAAAUGGAGGAUCUUCCAUAUGAUCGGAUUGUUCUUUUUUGUAGAUACUCUUACGCUAAUAAAAUUUAUUUGCGACCGACGAGUAGCUCGGAUGUUUACGAUCUGCAUGAACUGCUCAGGAGAUAUACACAACAAAGUGGAGGGGAUGAAAAUCACUAUCUCAUUUAUAACCUCAUUGAGACAAAAACGGAGGAGGACAUCCUCCUAUCAAUACUUAACCAUAAGAAGAAAAUCAUUGGAUUCGUUUGGCUAAAGAAAAACAUAGACGUGAAUGUCCUUGUCCGUCUGUACAACUUGAAGGCCUACAACUACCUGCUGCGACGGGAAUUCUUUCAGGACAUUGCCCCAUCUCUGGUUCCUUUCUCCGGAGGGACGAAAAAUCUCAACAAGAAAAAAAAAAAAUAUCUGUUCAUCCAAUUUAAGCAAUUCAUUUUGAGCCAAAUCAGCGUCGAGUGCGAGGCGGACCUGGACAAAAAGCACGAAAUCGAUGCGGACGUUAUUUAUGGCUACUUACGGGAUCAUUUGACGGAAGACGUGGAGGAGUACGCCGCAUAUUUUGCCAAGAAGGAUUUAGACACGCGGGUGAUCCUGCGGAAUAUCUACAACAAGCUGCAGUACGAUUAUGAAAACUGCGCACAGGACCCAGACAAAGGCAGCGUCAACUUUGCACUGAUGAACAAGCUGAUCAAUUUGUGUGCCCACCUAAGCCACUCCGAUAUCUCUAAAGUCAGCACCAAAUUUCAAAGCCAUUUCGACAAGGUCGAGAUGCUCUACUUUAACUUUAACACGGACAAGACGUACAAAAAGAUAUACGACAAAGUGUGGAGGAAGAAGGGGGGCAUAAAGACUGACGAGGGGGGAGAACACGAUGCAAAAAAAAUCAACAUCAUCAAGCUGAACUGCGACAAUAGCGGAACGAGCAAGUCGGGAAAGAGCUCCAAGGAGGUGGUGAACCUGUCCUACUUCGACAUAUUCCUUCUGCUGGAGAAUAUCUACCCGGAGAUCUUCAAAAAGAACGAGAUCAUCCUGCUGUUUCUUUUCCUCGACUUGUACGAGUUAAUCACUGUGGAGGAGUCGACCCCGUUUGAUUGCGUCUCAUUCAAGCUCUACCUGGACGAAUUGGUGGACAUUAAGAAGAACUACUUCAUCUGCAAAUACAAGCACAUCGACUGGCUGAGCAGUUUGAGUGACAAGGACAAAAACGCCUUUUCGUUAAACUUGUUCAUUUUGAAUGACAAGUACCACCAUCACUGCAAAGACGUGCUUCUCAAGAUCGAGAAGUACUACGACGAAGUGGACUAUGUCGUCGCCACCAACAACGAGCGAGGGAGAAUCCCCCUCAUCCUAAAUUACUUCAAUCGCGUGAAGAAGAAAAAAAAGACAAACACUUUGGAGUCGUUGUAUGUUCUGAAUAAGUACACCCUUUUCCUCCCUCCAUGCACGGACUAUAUGAGGAUGACCGAUAUAGAGGACGUGCAGAAGCUGCUGGAAGCCGUGGAGGACAAGGAGAAGGAGCCGAUUAAUGCGGUUAUUUUGUCUCUAAAGGAGUUCCACAGGCGGGGCGUUGGCCAGGGGGAGGAGGCCCCCUCAGAGCUCAAGUUCUACCGCUCCCAAAACUACUACAUCUUCGUCACGAGGUGCGGAGGCAAAGCCAUCAACGUGACCGCGGGACGCAUCCUGAACAACAUCGACUUUUACUAUAAGCUGAAAGCCUUCGAUUUUAAGGAUGUCAUCCUGAGGAAUGAGAACCGGGAAGAGAAGCACUUCCUGCUCUCCUUCUUUUUGUCCAUAAUUAUUUUCAAGUUUUACGACAAGCGUAUUGUCCACAAUAUUUUGGGAAUGACGAAGGCCUGCUCGUGCCAGAUCGCCGUGGGAGACAACACCUACAGCGACGUGUACAAGCACUUCAAGUUUUUGUUCACGAAGGACAACAGCGUGAGCGUGUUUAAGAAGGAGCCCCCCAUGGGGGUAGAGGCGAGCCAUAACCAUGUGGGUAGCUACAGACAGAAGAACGAACAUAAAAAAAGGUUCUACCUCGUGAUGACGAAGCAAAUGUGCCUCAAAAAAUUUACCAACAUUGACCACAACAUCGUUUUCUGGGGAAUCAACGACGUGUGUCUCAGUAUGCUAUACAAACUGCUCACAAACAAUGAGUAUUUUUUUAACAACAUAAUUAUAGUCAGCCCUUACCGAAAUAGACUUCUCGAGGGAACCACUUCUGUAGCAGCGGAAGAAAAAGACGAUUACAACUGCAACAGCAUCAGAAACUGCAGCUUGGAAAAUCUAGAAAUGUAUAGAAAGCUAUCAGACUUAAUGAUAAAACAGAGGGUCAGAAUAAUUCACGAUAAUAUUUUUAACAUCGAUAGGGAGAAUAAAAAGAUCGAGCUAAACAACAGUCAGUUUAUCUUUUAUGAUUAUCUUUUUAUUUGCUUUGAUAAGGAAGACAUUAGUACUUACUCCUUCCAACUGAAUAGCUAUGAAGUGGGGAAGAAAAAGAACUUCAAUUUUAUCGAGAGAAAUAAGAGCUCCGUUUGCCCCAAUGAGCGAUUCGACUUUUUGACUAAGGCGAAGGAUUACGAGAAAUUCGAGUCCAGCGAAUGGCCCGCAAAGGAGAGAUCCGUCGAGAGGGGCACACCUCGGAGGGGGAAAUAUCGCCUGAACAGAGGGAAGAGGCAGCAUGUGGAUAGUCCAACUUUGCGGGGGAUAAGAAGUGGCUUGGGCGAACGGAGUGGCGGAAAAGACGCGGUAACGAACAUGCAACAUCCCGGGGGAGGGGACGACCCCUCUAGCAGCUCCGACUCCAGUGAGGGGAAUAUCACAGGGGUGGUGUCUAAAGGAAUGCUGCAUGGGGGAAGGAAAAAUGGCGGGACGGAGCAUCAUGAGCAGAGGGGUAAACUAACCGGGGGGAAGAACCCAACGGGGCAAUCGGGGAAAGCAGACGACGAAGAGGAGGAGGAGUACCACUCGGACUACUCAACGCUAUCGUCCAGCUGCAUACAAACGAGUGAGACGAGUCAAUCGGAAGGGGAGGCGAAGGGUGGUGGCGCCCUCGAAAUGGUCGAUACGAAUGAUGAUGCCACCGAUCAGCAGGGUGGUAACACCACGAAAAGGGGACACCCGGUUAAGGGCGCAUUACACAGGGAGAGUUUAACCGGGGUAGCCGCGUUAAGCAAAGCGGCGGUAAAUAAGGGAGAAUUGUUAAGAGAAGGGGUCUCAGGGCGGGUAGCUACGCUGUCUCAGCUGAGUGAAGGUAAGAAAGCGGAGUCAAAAAUGGACGAAGCGGGCAAGGCGGACAAAAUGGACAAUUCCGAUGAAACGCGAAAGACAAAGACGAUACGGGCUGCUGCUUGCCCCUCCGCGGAGAGGAAAAACGUGGAAGGGCUGUUCAGCAUCAGCGACCCCUUCUUGGAUAAAUACUUCGACAAAAACAGCACCUACAUGACGGUAGUAAAAAACUGCGUAAGUUACAUCGUCAUCUACAGUGACAACAUGGAUAUCCUCACGGUAGUUAAUUUUUUCUUGAGAAACGGAGUCAACUCGUAUAAGCUGCUAAUUAUAUCACCACACACCUGUGCCAAGUGUAGUGAAAAAAAUCCAAAAAAUGAUUUAAGGGAGGAAAUAUCGAAACAUAGGCUCUAUUAUCAGCACAAAGAACAUCUGAAGAAGAAUUACAUAAUAUCGGAUGAGCCACUUCAAAAAAAUAGUUAUCACAAGAAUUGCGUGCCUGAUAAUGUUAAGCAUGUCCUAAACAAAGUGUUUGUCCUUUUUCAUUUUCUAAAAAUCCGAAUCAUCCAGGGAGAGAUCAUUGCCAUUAAGAAGAGCAAGCAGAACCGCCUCAAACAUGUCGUGGUUCGCUUUUGUAAGCAUGGCAAGGUUGAUCCUACCCUUUUGUCUGCUCAGAGGUUUCUUUUCAAGAACACCGUGUUGAUUCCCUGCAGGGUUCUGCUCUGCUCCUACGUCUUCAACAUCAGCAACCACCUACACUAUGUGCUUAACAAGGCCUCCAUCGUGUACAACGAUCGCAUCUGUGUGAAUCAUAAUUUUCAGACAAACGACAAAUUCAUCUUCAGCGCCGGAGAGCUAUGUGCAUUUUCGAGUAAAUAUCGAAUAGGAAAAGAGAACAUCUUAAACCACGAGCAGUACAAUGGCAGCGAAAUUGGCAAUCUCGUAAGCAAAAGGUUUCUAAGUCUUAUCAUUGAGAAUGCCCAUAUGGUCUGCGAUUUUUCCGGAUCGAAGAAGAGCGUCAGGAGCGCGCACCAAGGGGGGAAGAACUCCCUCACCGGGGCGUCCACAAAUGGAGCGUAUCUCCAGCGUGGUGAAAGAUGCCAAGAUGAGGACAAGUACCAUCGGGGGGACACAGACAACCCUUUGGAUCUGUACAGAACACUGAAAGUGUUUGAGAAGCCUAUCAUCCACUUCAGCUGCCUCCCCUGCGAUUUUUACUUUUAUCAUUUCCAGGCGCCCACAGGGGACCUCUGCAAGUUCCACAACCCGUGCGCUCUGGGGAAGGGCAGUGUCGGCGGGUUAGGCAAUGUAAACCCCACGAACAGCAACGUAACUGAGGCGACCAACUCGAAGAAUGUAUACAACGAAGCCUUCUUAACAGACACCCUAAAGAUAUGCGUGCGCAGGGACAUUCAGCUAAGCGAGCGCUUCAAAGUGAAGCACUUCGAGAUCGCCAGCAACAUCAGCACGGAGGGCUACUACUGCAGAGUCACGACGAAUUCGUUAAACCUGAUAAACUCGUUCACCUACUUGGGACGCCAAAAACUGAACUUUCACAACCUGCACAAACUGUGCAAUAUGUCUAUCAACUACUUCUAUGCGAUUCUUAAAAACAUAAAGACCUCCCCGAACUACGACAUUUUGAGCUUGCUGAGUGAGGAGAGGGAGAAAUCCAUUUUUCACUACAAGUUCCAAAUGUUUAGAGAAAAGCUGAAGACGAAGUUAAUGCACCUGCCUUCGCUGAAGGAGUCCCUCCACACACAGCUACAGGGCGUCAACGACGCGGAGUCCUUCCGGCAGUACGUGCGCGAGCGACUGUUCCUGGAAGAUGGCCCUAUGACGGACAUGAUCAAGGAGAAGGUGGAGACGCACCUUAUCGAAUACAUAAAGGAAAACCAUGAAUUGCUCAACGGGUAUUACUUGCCCGGCUGA